UGCCCAAAAACAACGACAUGUUUGAACAUGUCCCUUGAAACUUUUGGCCGCUCAAGAACUCAGCUGACCGACCAGAGCAAACAUGGCGCUGUGCGUGCAGGUUUCGCAAUUAAAUAUAUCCCCCGUGCAAAUUGCAUUCGGGAAAGCAGGGGGCACAAUGCCAGUGAUUUUGAGGACCGGACGUGAUGAAUUGGUCAAUGCAGGCCCUUCGGCGCCAACCACAACUUUUACAGGAGGAAUGACCUCGUUGAUGGUUGCAAUAGCUUGUGCGUCGAGAUGGCGCAAAUGCGCCUCAAAUCGUUGCAGGUCUGCAAGGUGCAAAGAUUCGUCGAAAACCGAUGCCAAUUCGACCUAUGUCAAGGUGUGUGUUGGCCAGAUUCGUUGGGCUGGUGAUUGUGGUUGCGUGGUCUCUCUGACUGGUGUUGAUGACUACAGCUCCGGUUUGCCGGACCAAUUCCUGGCAUUCCUGGACUCAGCUCAGGCGGAAGCCUAUCAGCAAGUUCUAUAUCCAGCAGCUUUUGGAGCAGGUUUCAGCGAUGAUCAUCUUUGCGAUGUAAGGGUCCAUGGUCUUUCAUUUCCUUUCGGGGAAUUGGUGAUGCGACCGUUUCCCUUGGACCUGGUGGAUAAAGGUGGCAACAAAGACCUCGGUGACUCAGAGCCAAAGUUGCUCUCAGAUGUGAUGGACCUGCGAGAGUCUCGUUUGCCUUGUUCUGUCGGAGAGGCUUUGGCAGCCUCGGAGCAGCUGAGGGUUCCAGCUUUGGUUUGUUUAGCAUAUCUCUUGCGAACAGCGAAAACAUGCCUUGACAAGGCUUUGCUGAAGGGAGCCUUCUGCAAAGAACAGGACGACCAGCAGGAGUGUGCUCUGGAAAUGUAUGAACUCAGCGACAAACUAAAGCGUUGGACAGUGGAGGCCGAUCAGGGCACAGCGGAUGCGGUGGAAGGCGGCCAGCUGUUGCGAGAUUUAAAUGCUUUUGUGACUAGCUCAGACUCUCAGAGGUGUUGUGGCAUCUCUGGAGCAUCGUGCCUACGGCUUGCAUUUUCCGCAAGCCGUGGAUUGUGACGUCUUCAUGUUGUUUCCGCAGAGGUGUUUUGGAUGUUACGAACUUCAUAGCUUCAUCUCCGUAUCCAUCUUUGAAAAUUAGGGACCAGCCCAUGACUUUUCUCGGGCUCAGACCUGGUGUUGGCUCUUCUCCCAGAGCGAGUUCCGUCAGUAUCAGCAGCUUCACAGUCAGUUUCCUUUCUGAGCGGAAGACUGCAAAUGCGACCGCAGAUUUAAGGUGAGAAGUUGCCCAAACAUGCCAAAACACAUUCUGCAACUAGUUGCCUCGCUCAGUGCAUGCCUCGAGUUUUGG